ACACACUUCUCUGCAGAAAAUACAAAGAGGCUCUGAAGAAAAGGUGAAGCCUCGUGUGCUGGCCAGUGUGUGUGUGUGUGUGUGUGUGUGUGUGUGGGAAGGACUUGGAGCGCCUGUGAAGACAUGAGCGUCAGUAGUCUGCGGUGAAUCAGAGAAGAUGAAGCUUCUGCUCAGCAGUCUGCUGCUCGCCUCCCUGUGUGCGCUCUCAUCCUGGAGCGUCUCAUCAGGCGUGUUUGUCAUAACCCAGAGCCCUGAUGUCUCCGUCGUGGAGGGGCAGACAGUAAACAUCAGCUGCUGCUGGACAGGCGAGCCUGCAACAAUGACUGUCAGCUGGCUGAAAAAUCAAACUACUAUAAAGAGUACCAAAUUCCUGAAUAAUCGCUCUGACAAAUCUCUGAGAAAUGAGACGUCUGACUGCUCAGUCCUGACCUUCAUGACUAUCAAGAGAGACGAUGCAGGGACAUACACCUGCAAGAUGGCUGUGGAGAUACCGGUUUUAACUGUGUUUGAAGGGAACAGCACUGUCAUCACCGUUACGGCCCGAGAGAACACGACGGACAACACAACAGGAGGUCCAGGGCCCAGCGGGGGUUCGGUCCCGUUUCCCGUUAUAGUCUGCCUGGCUGUGGGGGCUCCACUGCUCCUCAUCACGCUCACCUGUUUCUGCACUCUGCGCCGGAGGCAAGCACAAGCAGCCAGGGUGAUCUACGAAGUUCCCCACAUUGACUCUGAGGAGGCAGACAUGGACAAACACAGCACCAGCUCCUCCAGAGGCUCGUCUCAGUGGUGUCAGGUUCCUGUAUAUGAGUCCUUCGAUUACUUCGAGCGUGUGCAGACCAAAGAAAGUGGAUGAGGAUCUGCUCAGUGGAUACUCCACAUACAUACUUUUCAGUAUGUGUAUCAUGCACAGCCUUUUGCUUCCUUUUGUCUGAAUUAUGUAAAUGAUUUUAUAUGAGUGUAAAUAUUAUAUAUUUUUCUAUAAAGUAA